AUGGGGCUGGGAUCUGAUCCCAAGGACCAUAACAUCCUGGCAUCAGCCAUGAGACGGCCCGUGCUCAGCGGUGAGGAGAACGUGGAGGCCGUGGAAUGCGCCGCCUUCCUGCAGGCCGGGCCCUUGGCCAGGUACCUGGUGCACUCCGUCAACUCGGACAACUGCCUGCUGCUCUACCACGCGGCGGCCGUCUUCGGCCUGCGCGAGCUCUUCCACAGCGCUGCGCUCUGCAGCAGGGACAGCUACGCGGAGCUUGAGGAGGGCCUGGAGGGCCUCCCCGCUGAGCUGCGGGCCUAUGCGCGCGCGCUGCUGCCCAGCACCUUCAUCGCUGUGGGCGCCCACACGCCAACCUUUGAGUUCCUCGAGGACCUCUCCCGCACCAUCUGCUACCUGGACGAGGAGAGCAACACGUGGCGGACGCUGGCGUGCCUCCCGUUGACGGCCAGCACGUUCCUAGCCGGCAUGGCCACCAUGGAGAACAAGAUCUACAUCGUGGGCGGCGUCUACGGAGCCAGCAAGCAGGUGGUGGAGAGCAGCUUCUGCUACGACGCCGACACCAACGUGUGGAGCGAGUUCGCCAGCCCGCACCAGCUGCGCUACGACGUCACGCUCGUGGGCCACGAGGGCUACCUCUACGCCAUAGGGGGCGAGUACGAGAAGAUGGCGCUGAAGUCUGUGGAGAAAUACGACAUGGCCACCAAGACAUGGAGCUUCGUGUCCGACCUGCCGCAGCCCAGCGCCGCCCCCCCCUGCGCCCAAGCCCGGGGGCAGAUCUUCGUCUGCCUGUGGAAGCCGCUGGACACCACGGUCGUCUAUGAGUACGAGGCGCGCAGGGACGAGUGGCUCCCCGUCACCGACCUCAAGAGGCCGCAGAGCUACGGGCACUGCAUGGUGGCCCAUCGCGACAACCUCUACGUCAUGCGCAACGGGCCCUCGGACGACUUCCUGCGCUGCGUCAUCGACUGCUUCAACCUCACCUCGCGCCAAUGGACCACCCUGCCCGGGCAGUUCGUGAACAGCAAAGGAGCCCUCUUCACCGCCGUGAUCAGGGGCGACACGGUCUACACCGUCAACAGGAUGCUCACGCUGCUCUACUCCGUGGACGAGGAGACGUGGAGGUUCAAGAAGGAGAAGGCCGGCUUCCCCCGGAGCGGCUCCCUGCAGACCUUCCUGAUCUAG